UUUUCAAUUGUGAAGGUUCAUGAAACAAGGUCUCAUUCCCAUACACAUCCAACUGGUGAUCAUGAAGAGAAAGUGAUGGCAAGGAAGCAGAAGGCAGACCAGCUCAAGACUAAUGAAGGAAGGGAAUCUCCAAAGAAGGCCAAGGCUGAGGUUGACAAUGACCACUCUAAUGAAAAAUCUGCAUCUGAUGUAGCUAAAGAAUUUGAAGAGUUCUCUAAAGCUGUCAGAGAGCACUUAUCUGAUACACAAAUGAGAGAAAUCCUUGAAGCUAAUGGCCAAGAUUCCUCUGGUUCUGGUACUUCUGCUGUCAUCAAAUGGUUAGUGAACUUCCAUGUUGUUGUCUUAUUAUACAAUGCAGCAAUCAUCUCCGAGAGUUUAGAAACUGAUGCCGACAAAAUCUUUUCUGUUGGCAGCCUAGAUAUGUUGUUUUAUGGGCCAUUGGAGAAGUGUCCAAUUUGCAGUGGAGAUUUGGAAUUUCAUGGUAACCGCUAUUCUUGCAAGGGAUCUUAUAGCGAGUGGUCUUCUUGCGUCUAUAAACCAAGAAAUCCACCACGGAAACAACAACCAGUCAAAUUGCCUGAUUUUGUCCUCAAUUCUCCUGUUGCUGAUUUAAUAAAGAAAUAUCAGGAUCCAAGUCGCCGGCCUCACCGUUUUGUGGGAGUUACAGAAAAACCCUUCUUAGGAAUGAUGAUUUCCCUCGUGGGCCGUCUUAGUCGUACAUAUCAAUACUGGAAAUCCAAGAUAGAAAAACAUGGAGGGAAAGUCUCCAGCUCUGUCAUUGGUGUGACUUGCUUGGUUGCUUCACCUGCUGAGAGAGACCGCGGUGGCUCAUCCAAACUGAUAGAAGCAAUGGAGAGAGGCUUACGAGUGGUGAGCGAAGCUUGGUUACUUGACAGUAUUGAGAAACAGGAAGCACAGCCUUUGGAAGCCUAUGAUAUAGUUUCUGAUCUUGCUGUCGAUGGCAAAGGAAUUCCAUUGGAUAAACAAGAUCCCGAAGAGGCAGCACUUGAGUCACUUUCAGCAGAACUCAAGCUAUAUGGAAAAGGAGGAGUCUACAAGGAUUCAAAAUUGCAGGAGCAAGGUGGCCAAAUCUUUGAGAAAGAUGGGAUAUUGUACAACUGUGCCUUUUCUCUUUGUGACCAAGGUCGAGGCAUUAAUGAGUAUUGUAUCAUGCAACUGAUUAAGGUCCCAGAGAGUAACCUCCACUUGUACUACAAGAAAGGGAGAGUAGGCGAUGAUCCUAAUGCUGAGGAGCGACUUGAGGAAUGGAAAAACGUAGACGGUGCGGUGAAGGAGUUUGUCAGGCUCUUUGAAGAGGUCACUGGUAAUGAGUUUGAGCCAUGGGAGAGGGAGAAGAAGUUUCAGAAGAAACCACUGAAGUUUUAUCCCAUAGACAUGGAUGACGGAGUGGAUGUGAGACAUGGAGGAUUUGGCCUUCGGCAGCUGGGGGUUGCAGCAGCACAUAGUAAACUCGAACCACUGGUUGCAAACUUUAUGAAGGUUUUGUGCAGUCAGGAGAUUUACAAGUAUGCUCUGAUGGAGAUGGAUCUAGAUGCCCCUGAUUUACCAAUGGGGAUGCUCUCUAAUGUCCAUUUGAAAAGAAGUGAGGAGGUUUUGCAAGAGUUUGUAGAGAAAGUGAAAUCAGUGAAAGAGUCAGGACCAAAAGCUGAGGCUGUUUGGUCAGACUUUAGCCAAAGAUGGUUUACUCUGAUGCACUCCACCAGAACUUUCGUCUUCAGGGACUAUCAAGAACUUGCAGAUCAUGGUGCAGCUGCAUUAGAGAGUGUUCGAGACAUUGUUGUGGCUUCACAUGUUAUAGGAGAUAUAAGUGAUGAUACCCUUGAUGACCCAUUGUUUGAUAGGUACAAGAGAAUAGGGUGCUCAAUAUCUCCAGUGGAUAAAGAUUCAGAUGACUACAAGAUGAUCGUCAAUUAUAUGGAAAAAACCUAUGAACAUGUCAAACUUGCAGAUAUUGAAUAUGGGAUAUCAGUUGAUAACAUCUUCGCUGUGGAGACUAAUGAAGGCCCCUCUUUUGAUGAAGUAAAGAAGCUGCCAAACAAAAUCCUCCUGUGGUGCGGUAUCAGGAGCUCAAACCUGUUGAGGCAUUUGCAUAAAGGCUUGCUGCCAGCAAGCUGGUCUCUACCAGUGCCCGGUUACAUGUUUGGGAGGGGCAUCGUUUGUUCUGAUGCUGCUGCAGAAGCUGCCAGAUAUGGCUUUACUGCUGUAGACAGGCCCGAUGGAUUCUUGGCUCUGGCUGUGGCUUCUCAAGGGGAAGAAAUUGUUGAGCUCAAGGACCCACCUGAGGAUACAAAGUCAUUGGAAGAGAAGAAGGUUGGUGUAAAGGGAUUGGGGAGAAAGAAACCAGAUGAAUCAGAAUUUAUAAAUUGGAAGGGUGGUAUUAAAGUCCCUUGUGGUCUUUUGAUCCCCUCAGAGCAUAAGGAUAGCCCUCUCGAGUAUAAUGAGUAUACUGUCUAUGAGCUCAAACAGGUGAGCAUAAGGUUCUUGGUGGGAGUGAAGUAUGACGAAAAAGGUGUGGUGAUGGACACCGAGGAAUAAAGGAGGAAGAGCAAGGAAGGGUUUACUGUAUAGGGUGUCUUGACCUUUGUCUGACUUUUGCUUUAGGGACGAUGGGAAAAGCUAUAAGAUGGUUCUGUUAUGGGUUGUAAAGGGUUGUUAAUGGCUUUUGCUGUACAUAAUCACCUCUUAACAUCUCUGCGAUAAAGGCAGAUAAAGUAUCGGUGUAGUGCACUGGCUCUAAAAUCUGAAUCUGAUCAAUGUUGACGUUAAUGACUUUUGCUGUACAUGAUCACCCCUUAACAUAUCUGUGAUUGAAGCAGAUACAGUAUCUAAUGUAAUGCACUUCGUAAAAAUAUGAAUUUAGCCCGUCUUCUUUUUAUACUCAUUUUAUCAGUUCAAGCUUUGAGGUUUGGUGUGUCUGACAAGCAUUUUUAGCAGCAACAUCCCUUUCUCCUAUCCUGCCCAACCAGGAUAAAUUUGUUCGUAACCUAGAAUGAGACAGAUAACUGACAAUUAAAGUUUAUAACGGUAUAUAUUAGAAAGAUAAAAAGGAAGUAAGUUUUAACCUUAGAUCCACCAACGCCUUACAAUCAAUAGUAUCCCACAAGAGGACAAGAGUUAUAGCCACUCUGGGGCAUGAACUUUUGGUUGCAAAUCAGACAGUACUGCGUACAUAGAUUCAGUAUCUCAAACAUAUCAUCUAGUUUCAAUCAUAGCAUUCUUAUUUUCUCUGAAAACUAAAAACUAUCAAGCAAAUUCAACCCAAAGAAAAUCACUGCCGUAACUUACUAUGAAAGUUUUGGAAUGAGGGCGUCUCUAAAAGCAUCACUAGAGACGAAUUUCCUCCUUAGAGGUAUGCUACAAAAACACCUAGACUGAGGAUUGAAAGACAAUUUUCUAAACUAUCAAUCAGUAUAUGUAAUAUGGAUGUUUAACAGAAGAAAGGAAAACUGCAUCAAGGAGAAUCUGUUUCAACAAAAGCAAAUGAAUAAUCCAAAUCUUAAUUCACAUAGUUUCCAAUUUUAUACUUUGUGUUACCCUAAACUACCUUUGAUAGGACAGGGCCAGAAUAUGAAAAAGACUUCAGCAAUUGUGUUUCCUUUCAGACUAGCAUUUUUUUUUUUUUGUUUU